AAAAGAGCGCUAGGCAGUUAUAAGUUAGUUCAGCUCUUAUCGUCUACUCAAUCUCAAUCAAGUCCUUUGCAACAAUCACACAAUCAAAAUAGUUUACCCCUCCAAAGCCUCGUUAUUUAUAAGAAAGAAACAGCGUUUUCUCUAUAUCUUCACGUUUAACAUUAAUUCUACACCCUCAAAAUGUCUGAAUCCCAGAGCACAUCUUGGGCAGAUGAGGUUGCAUCACCAUCUACUGAAAAAAAUGAGGGAAGCUCUCUGGAGGAUGCACAAGUCGAUGGAGCUACUGAGCCGUUAGGAGGUAGUACUCUCCAAGACGGUCAAUAUGAAGUUGAGGUUAAGCUCAGCGACAUCCAGGGCGAUCAAACCAGUCCUUUAUAUUCUGUAGAUACAUUCGAACAGUUGGGGAUGUAAGUAUCAGCUUCACUUUUGCAGAAGCUAAGCUGAUCAACCCUACCAGUGACGCUUCGAUUCUUAAGGGUCUUUAUGCGAUGAAUUUCAAAAGACCUUCUAAGAUUCAAGAAAAAGCUCUACCACUCUUACUUGGCAACCCACCAACAAAUAUGAUCGCGCAGUCACAAUCAGGCACUGGAAAGACUGCCGCGUUCGUCAUCACCAUCCUAUCUCGUCUCGACUUUUCAAAGCCAACUACACCACAAGCUUUAUGUCUGGCACCAAGUCGUGAACUUGCUCGUCAAAUCGAAGGUGUCGUCAGAAGUAUUGGACAAUUUGUUGAGGGCUUGUCUGUACAGGCAGCCAUUCCAGGUGCGGUGGAACGAAAUGCUAGAGUAAAUGCAAUGGUUAUUGUGGGAACACCUGGUACCGUGAUGGACUUGAUCAAGAGAAAAUCUAUCGACGCAUCUGAAAUGAAGGUUCUAUGCUUGGAUGAGGCGGACAACAUGUUAGAUCAGCAAGGUCUCGGAGAUCAGUGCUUGCGAGUUAAGUCGUAGGUUUGAUGUCUUCCCGUUUGAAUAUCGCGCCCUAAUUCAUUUUAGGAUGAUUAAAGUCGAGCAGAUUUUACUCUUUUCUGCAACUUUUCCCGAUGAGGUCUACGGCUUCGCUCAGCAAUUUUCGCCCCGUGCAAAUGAGAUUAAGUUAAAGCGCGAUGAACUUACUGUGUCCGGCAUCAAGCAGAUGUUUAUGGAUUGUCCAAAUGAAGUCGGAAAGUAUGAGAUUUUGGUCAAGCUAUAUGGUUUGAUGACAAUUGGCUCCUCAAUCAUUUUUGUGAAGGUAUUUGACGAAUAAUGCACUUCCCGGAUAGUCACACUAAUUGAAAUUACAGCGAAGAGAUACUGCUAGUCACAUCGCUGAGCGGUUGACAGCAGAAGGACACAAAGUUGCUGCCAUUCACGGAGCCUUUGAAGGUACGGAGCGAGACACAGUACUUGAGGAUUUUCGACAGGGAAAGGCCAAGGUCCUUAUCACUACAAAUGUUCUUGCCCGAGGUAUCGAUGUUCAAUCUGUCUCUAUGGUUAUCAACUAUGAUAUCCCUAUGAAGGGCCGAUCUGAUUCAGAGCCCGAUCCAGAGACCUAUCUGCACCGUAUUGGUCGAACCGGAAGGUUCGGACGUGUCGGUGUCAGUAUCAGCUUUGUUUUCGACAGAAAGAGUUAUGAUGCACUUAACAAAAUCGCACAUCAUUAUAACAUUGAUCUUAUCAAGCUCAAUCAGGAUGAUUGGGACGAGACGGAGGAAAUUGUGAAGAAAGUUAUUAAAUCAAGCCGUGCUGGUACCAAUUUACGGGCUUGAUUAUUUUUAUAUGGAUUCUAUAUAUGGAUCCUUCGUUCAUCCAUAUAUCUCCUGCGCGUGCUUGCUUUUACACACAAAAUUGGGGGAAAAGCGGGCGUUUGCAUAUAUGCAGAAGCUCAUGUUAGACCGGGAGGCUCAAUUUGCUUACGAGGAUAUUUUUUAACAAUGGAUUCACUCAAGCUGGGAUUGUUCUGGGCUGCAGACACAGCCGCGAGAUGUGCCUUUGAAAUUCUAAUCGUGGAUGAAUUACGAGGAAAUGACCAUAAUGGAUGAUUUAAUCCAAAAUAGCUGCAACGUGACGCAUUGGGAAAGGCAGUGGAGAUGGGUAUCUAGGAAACUGCAGCAAGAUUUAGUAAAAAAAUCAAAAUCAAAACUAAAAUUUGACACGUAUCAAACGCAAUGGAUCGUUGGACAAUAAAUAAAUAAUACUGGCGUAGUACUUCGUACCCUGGACUGUUGAACGUUCCUAC